CCCGCUAGGUGGGUCAGGCCCCGAGGCAGAGGCGGCCGCGCUGGAGCGACGGGCGGGGAUCGGAGAGGAGCGCGCUCCCCCACAGGGCGGAGAAGGUCUGCCAGACCCGGACACCCCCGGCAGGACUCGCAGCGGCUGAGCUCGGCCGGCAGAGGCAGCGGAGCGCGGGAAACUCUGGUUAGCGCCGACCGGCUGUCUCGCCGCCCUUUGAUCUGCCGCGGAGGCGCUGCAGCUGCGGGCUCCUCUCCAAGCCAGGGCGUCAGGCUGAGCCGUCGCGGACUAUGGGACCGGCGGGUCUGCGCGGGGAAGGGCAUCUGAGUAAAAGAAAAGGAAAGAAAAUGAAAUUCAUAUUCUUAAUAGCUUUCAUCCAUCUCUUACCACAAUGCACCGGGAAACCUUUAAGGUGGGAUGACUGCCACCAACACACAUUCAAAGAAAUUAAAAGAGAAAUGACUGGGUAUUCUGAUAUUGCCAAGGCUAUUAUUAACCUUGCUGUUUAUGGCAAUGCCCAGAACAGAUCCUAUGAAAGACUGGCACGUUUUGUUGACACCAUUGGACCUAGACUCAGUGGCUCCAAAAAUCUAGAGAUGGCCAUCAAAUACAUGUUCAGUGUCCUGCAGGAUGAUGGGCUGGAAAAUGUCCACCUGGAGCCUGUAAAAGUGCCUCACUGGGAGAGGGGAGAAGAGUUUGCUAUGAUGUUGGCACCAAGGAACCACAGCAUUGUUAUUUUAGGACUUGGAAGCAGUGUUGCAACUCCUCCAGAAGGAAUUACUGCUGAAGUCCUAGUGGUCACCUCUUUUGAUGAACUGCACAAAAGAGCUCAAGAUGCCAAGGGGAAGAUUGUUGUUUACAACCAGCCUUUCAUCAGUUAUAAAGAAACUGUCAAAUACAGAUUACUGGGAGCAGUUGAAGCUGGUAAAGUUGGAGCAGUGGCAUCCCUUAUCAGAUCCAUUGCUUCCUUUUCUAUUAAUAGCCCUCACACUGGGUGGCAGCACUACCAGUCUGAUGUGCCGAAGAUUCCUACAGCUUGUAUUUCAGUGGAAGAUGCCGAAAUGAUGGCACGGAUGUCUUCCCGAGGCACCAAGAUUGUUGUGACCCUGAAGAUGGGAGCCAAGACCUAUCUCGAUACUGGUUCCUUUAACACCGUGGCAGAAAUAGUUGGGAGCAAGUACCCAGAACAGGUUGUACUGGUCAGCGGACAUCUGGACAGCUGGGAUGUUGGGCAAGGAGCCAUGGAUGAUGGUGGUGGAGCAUUUAUAUCAUGGGAAGCAUUAUCUCUUAUUAAGGAUCUUGGCCUCCGCCCCAAAAGAACUCUGCGGCUGGUGCUGUGGACUGCGGAAGAACCAGGAGGAGUGGGUGCUGAGCAGUACUACCAGUUACACAAGGGUAACAUCUCCAACUUUGACAUCGUCAUGGAGUCUGAUUCGGGUACCUUCAUGCCGAUGGGCCUGGCUUUUACAGGCAGUGACAAAGCUCGUGCCAUCCUGAAGGAGAUUAUGCAGCUGCUGCAGCCUAUCAAUGUUACAAACAUUUACGAAAAUGGUAGUGAAACAGACACUGAAUAUUGGGUGAGAGAUGGAGUACCAGGUGAGAAUGCUAGAUGAAGUCAUAGACAAAUCCGCUUAGUUGGCUUGGUUGUUUCUGUAUGCUGUUACUUCUUAAAUUCCGGUUGUUGCUCUAUUUAAUGUUUGACAAAAUUUUAAAAAAAUCUUUUCCUUGGGUAAUA